ACCAGUUCGAGUGCUCGAGUCAGUCAAUGCGUAGCACUGCUCCCAGCGCGACUGAAGCGCUCCAAAGCGUCUAAAAAUAAGGCCAACAGCUGAAAGCGUAAAUCGUUCAGCGGAAAGAUCGCGCCGUGCGAGUUAUAAAACAGCGAUUAAAGAGUGCAUUCUACCACGUGUCUGGCUGCCCCUCAGUUCAGCGGUGCGAAAUGACCAGCCAGAAGGAGGGAAACGGCAGCAGCGCCAAGUCCAAUGGACACUCAGACCCGGAGGCGGCACCACCUACUGCCAGCGGGGAUGAGGACAACUCUCUGGACGCCAUUCUGGUGCGGAUCGGCCAGUUCGGACGCUAUCAGAUCAUCAACUACGUGCUGCUCUGCGUUCCCAUGCUCUUCAACGCCUUCUUCUCCAUCUCCUAUGUUUUCUCGGCGAGCACAGUGGUGCACAGGUGCAACGUUCCGCAGUGCGACAGUGCCAGCAGUUUGUACGAGGAGAGCUGGCUGAACUUCACCAUCCCGUACAAGAACUCCGCUUGGGACUCCUGCCACCGCUACGCCGUCAAUCAGACCGAGCUCCUCACGGUUCCAUCCGGACCUUACUGCGCCAGCGAGUACUUCACUGAUAACUCAGAGACCUGCGGGCGAGACUUCAAGUUCAGGGACGAGGAAAAAACCAUAUCAACGGAGUUUGGAAUUUACUGCGAAGACGAGUGGAAGCUUUCUAUGGUGGGAACCAUCAACAAUGUUGGCCAGUUCGUGGGCAUCCCCCUUGGAGGAUACUUCGCAGAUCGGUUCGGACGUCGCACCAUGCUGGCCGUGGCCGGAGCCCUGAGCGCCCUCAUGGGCGUGAUCCGCUCGCUGUCGAGCAACUACUCCAUGUUCCUGGUGUUCGAGUUCCUCGACAUGGCGGUGGGCAGCACCCUCUUCCCCACCGCCUUCCUCCUGGCCAUCGAACUCGUGGGUCCGAAGCGGCGGGUGGCAGCUGCCACGAUCAUCACGAUCUUCUACGCGCUGGGCGAGGCCUUCCUCGGGUUCCUGGCCUCGCAGGUGCAGCACUGGCGCUGGCUGCUCCGCGUGCUCUACGCCCCGGCCAUCCUCCAGAUCCUCUUCCUGUGGAUCCUGCCCGAGAGCGUCCGCUGGCUGCUCAGCCAGGGCGCCGAGGAGCGGGCAGCCGCAGUACUGCGGCGGGCGGCGCGGAUCAACAGGCGGCCCCUGCCCGAGGAGCAGGUGGAUGAGCUGCUGGCCACCAACCGGCAGAAGCUCAGCCAGGCCAACGAGAGCCAGUACCCGAUCAUGCGCGCCGUGCGCUUCUUCUCGCUGCGGAUCGCCAACUGCUGCCUCUGCUGGUUCACCCACACGCUGAUCGCCCUGGGACUCAGUCUGAACUCGGUGAACCUGGGCGGCAACAAGUACACCAACUUCAUGCUGAACGGCUUUAUCCAGAUCCCCGGCCUGCUCCUGCCUUUGAUCAUCAUGGAUCGCGUGGGCCGGCGCUACUCGCUCUGUGCCUCGAUGCUCCUCUGCGCCAUUUGCAUGGGAGCCUCAGCUGGAGUCGCAGCAGAUAACUACGCUGGUUCCCUGACCCUGUUCCUGAUUGGAAAGCUGGCCAUUACCUGCAGCUUUCAGAUCCUGUACUUCUUCACUUCGGAGAUCUUCCCCACCAACGUGCGGAACAGCUUGCUGUCCCUCUGCUCGAUGGUGGGUCGCAUCGGCUCCAUGUUGGCGCCCCAAACUCCUCUGCUGGCCAAGUACUACAUCUACGCCCCUCAGAUCCUUUUCGCCACCUUCGCUCUGAUCAGCGGCUUCCUGACCUUGGCCUUUCCGGAGACAGCUGACAAGGUGCUGCCCACCACAAUGGAGGAGGCGCGCGACUUGAAUGUGGCCAAGAGGAGGCGGGAGCGUGAGGAGGCGGCGGCGGAAGAGUUGGGGGAGAGGGUGGCGAGCAAGGUCAUUCAAUAGUGAUCUUGGACUGGGAACUGAAAGGAGGCUAGUAGAAGCCAAAUAUGUGUUAGUUUAAGUGACAGCCAAUGCAUUUGUUGAUUUUUUAAAGUGUUUUAUUUAUGUAGCUUAGGUUCGUCCGUACAAGCCGAUUUUAUCGUUAGCUGAAAUAUUCUGUCAUAUUUAUAUUUAUAAGCCUAAUAGCUUCUUUUUAAUUUGCAGAACUCACAAAAAUCUGCAAGCGCCACUAUUUAUUUUUUAAUACAUAGGUGAUCAAAUCGAUCUUCUAAUGGCAGGGAACAGGAUAAUACCUCAACAUAAAAUAAUAUUGAAAUUAAUCUUAAAUUGUUAAUUUUUAUCCCUCCUCCUUUUUAGCAACCAUUGUUUCCCAUUAAAACCAAUUAAUUAAAACAUCCAAUGCAAUUAUAGUAUCUAAGUUACUUACAAAA